AAAGAGAAAAGGCCAAGACCUGACCAGAAAGCAGUGGCAAAAAGGAUCAGACAAAGAAAAGCUUCACUGGCCUGAACAUGAACUUGCUAAGAAGUUUGUUCUAAAUGCAGAAGAGGCAUUGAUCACUGACAGCAAAAGAAGCUUUUCGAGUUUGUCCUCUGGGAUUCUCAAGGACACUUUCACAACUGGAACCAGUAGUUACAAUGUUCUACUACAGAGCAAGGAGGAGAAAAAGCACCGUUCACAAAAGCGGUUUUCCUCUGCCAGCUCCAAACAACAUAGGAAGCCCAGCAAAUCUCCUAGCUCCUCUCAUAGCAAAGAUCCUAGCAGGAUGACAGCCCUGGUGCCUGGGACAGGCGCUGGCACUUGGUACUGCCUAGACGGGCAGUCUGCUGUUUUUGUUACUAGCUCAGUACCAAGUCCUGUAAAGUUCACCCGUGAUAUCUCUAUUACAGGAAGCGGCCUAGCACUGCCACCUAAACCAAAAAGCAAGGUCAAACGACGCAAUCUGACCCGGCUUCCAAAGCCAAAGCAACAGCCUCAGCUGUGUAGAAGCUUUGAGAGAGGAGAUGACAUUUCUGGGAAAAAGCUUUGUAUAUUGACUGCUAUAAAGCCCAUCAACCUGGAGAAGGAAAAGCUGCGGUUCUUCAAGUCGGACUAUACUUACAACCCUCAGUUUGAGUAUGCCAAUCCCACUCUGCCAGGGGUGUUAGCCAAACACAGCAACGCCUCUGACCGGUUUCUUAAGCAGGUAAAAUACCACUUUGGUAGUAGUAUGUAUAUCGUUAUGUAGCUAAAGUGAUUAUCUACCAUUGUGUAAGCAAAAGGAGAUGCCUUCAUAUCCUCUAUUAUCAACACCCACCAGGGAGGGGUAGCUAUGUGAUAAGAAAUUUGUAGGGAGUGUUUUUGCUCACCUGUAUGAGAACUAUGUUGUAGUAAUAAAAAUCUACACACUCUGCGCUGUGUUCUCUGACUAGAAGACACUAGUCUGUUUUUUGACUUAGAAUUAUGAAUUGUGGCUCAUUAGCCAACACACAGAUAAGGGCUAGGUAGACUGCACUGUUUGUGGUCAUCCCCCCCCCCCGUGCCCCCCGGGGUCUAGGAGAUCAAACUCGGAGGCUUGGACAUUCUGGGCAAUUGUUCUCCAUCGGAUGACAUCCCUUCAUGAGCACAAGAGAGACAGGCUCUAGUAACCCAGGCCAACCUCAGAUUAACAGUAGGACUGAAGAGAGUCUUGAACUCUAGAGCUCUCUGCUUUUACCUUCCAAGUACUGGGACCAGGCUGCUGAGAUGGCUCAGCAGGGAAAGGCUCCUGCCACUAAAUCUGACAACCUCAGGUAGUCAGUCCCCAAGACACAGGGUUAGAUGGGAGAGAACAACUGCAUAUAUUGUCCUCUGACUUCCAGAUACAUCUGCCACAUCACACAUACAGUUUGAAAAAUAAAUAAACUAAGUCCUGGGAUUACAAGAGUGUGCUCUCCAUAACUACAUUAUAAAGCUUUUUAAAAUUGUAAAAUGAUUUUAAAUAUGCUGUGUAUCUCCCUUGGGAGAACUCUUCUCUUGCUCUGUGUUUUCCAGUGAGCACUCACUCUUUUAUUUGCUUGUGGUUCAGACAGGAUUUCAGAUGCGCAGAUUUCAGAUGCGCAGCCUGGUCUAGAGUUCCUGUGUAGGGAAAAUGACCUUGACCUUCUGAUUGUCUAUCUGCUUGCUUUAUGCUGGGGAAUCAGACCUUGGGCUUCAAGCAUCCGAGGCAAGCCCUACCCAUUGAGCUACACCCAGGCUAGUUCGCUGUUCUUUUUAGUUCCUAUCAUCCUUGUGCCUUUUGUCUUCUCUUCUUUAUUGUUACAUAAGAAAAUACAUAAUCAUUACAUAGGAAAAUGUUUAAAAUCAUUCUAAGUGGUUACCUCCCCUCAGUGCUGAAAACAACUUUUUGAGGCUGUGCAUACAAGUCACUCUAGCACUUAGGAGGCUGCAGUAGGAAGAUCUCCAGUAUGAGCUAGCCUGGGCUACUUCUAGUUUCAUUCUGUUGCUGUGAGAGAACAGACCAGACGCAGUGUAAGGGAGAUGGGUUCUCAUCCCUGAGGGAAGUCAGGGCUGGAAUUGGAAGGCAGGGAACUGGCUCACAGCUCUGCAAGUACAGCAGAAAGCAUGGGAAAUCACUGCUGGAUGGGUCCCUCACAGGCAGGACCAUGCUUUCUCGGCCGCGUAUAUAGUCCAGUCUGCUUGCCAGAAAAUGAGGGCUGUAGUUCAGUGCUAGAGCUCUUGCCUAGAGUGUAUGAGGCCCCAGAAUAAUUACCAAAUACUGGCAGAUUUUUUUUUUAUUAAAACACUUAUUCAAUGUGUAGGUGUUUUGCUUGCAUGUAUGUCUGUAAAAUGUGUGUACUUGGUGCCCAUAGAGACCAUAAACUGGAGUUACAGACACUUGUGAAUCGCCAUGUAAGUGCUGGGACUCAAACCAGGGUCCCCUGCAGGGGCAGCCAAAGUUCUGAACCUCUGAGUCCUCUCUGUCCCCUUGCCGUACUGUUUUAAAGGCUGGGUUUAAGGAUGCCGUGCCUAUAUUCCUAGCACCUGGAAAGUUUCGGACAGGACAACCAAGGUCAAGGUCACCCUUGGCUACACAGCUCAGGGCUAGCCUAGGCCAUGUGAGACCCUAUCUGAAGUCUUCCCUCCUACCCUUACACCCCCACACAAAGACUAUCUUGUUGGGUACAAUUGGAUUAUGCCUGUAGUUAGAGUUUUGAGAAGCUAAGGUAAAAUGGUCUUCUGAGUCUAUGAAGAUAUUCAGAAUUAAGGAGAAAAAUCUUAGAUUUUACAACUUUUUAAAAAGAAAGGAAAUGGGGUUUGGGGGUUGGAUAUUAGCAACAUAGGAAAGACAAUGCUCCUAAUAAAACACUUAUUUGAGGGGCUGGAGAGAUGGCUCAGUGGUUAAGAGCACUGACUGCUCUUCUGAAGGUUCUGAGUUCAAAUCCCAGCAACCACAUGGUGGCUCACAGCCAUCUGUAAUGAGAUCUGAUGCCCUCUUCUGGGGUGUCUGAAGACAACUACAGUGUACUUACAUAAAAUAAUAAAUAAGUCUUUAAAAAAAACACUUAUUUACACUAAAUUCUAAAAUUAAAGUCUAGCAAUCCUGACAAAGUCAAUACUUUAUAGAGAUUUGGGAAAUAGAUUACAGAGCACGGACUUCCCCAUGUCCAUUUUGUCCUUAUAACAAUUCCAUAAGGUAAGUAGGAUAAAGGCCUUGGUAUCUCCAUGGUAUCAGUGAAGAGAGCAAGCCCAGGAAAGGUGGAACCACAUUGCUAAGUGGUGGAGCCUUACUGGGAAGCCAGGACUCCUAACCGUUCCUCUUCCGACAGGGUCACCCCUCCUCCUGUAUCAGUGUCCCCAUUGUAAAUAGGUAUUUACUGAAUCAAACUGCACUUGAGAAGAGAGAGUAUUUGUUAGCACAUAACUGUGGAAGUAGCUUGUGAUGGUCAAAUUCCAAACAAAACCAAACUAGCUAAUAGUCUGAAGAAGAUCUGUUAGUUGGGCACUGAGGUUGUUCAGAACGUUUGCCGUCUCACCAAAGACAACCACGGUCAUUUGUAGAGAAAACGAUUUCAUUUUAUAGAUGAAGUAUUUCCAUGCCUUGUGCUAGUUUUAAACUUAGGAUGGACUUCAGGAUGCUUACUAUGGCACACUCCUUUAGCCCCAGAACUCGGGAGCAGAGGCAGGCAGAUCUCUUGAGUUCAAGGCCAGCCUGGUCUAUUCAGUUGAGUUCCAAGACCUCCAGGGCUACACAGAGAAACCCUGCUUCGAAACCAACCAAACAAAGCAGAUUCUGGGGCCAGAGGUGGGCUGCACGCCUUUAACCCCUGUGCUCAGGGGCCAGAUGUUGGCUGCAUGCCUUUAACCCCCAUGCUCAGGGACCAGAUGUGGGUUGCACGCCUUUAAUCCCCUGCUCAGGGGGCAGAGGUGGGCUGCAUGCCUUUAAUCCCCUGCUCAGGGGGCAGAGGUGGGCUGCAUGCCUUUAAUCCCCUGCUCAGGGGGCAGAGGUGGGCAGAUCUCUGUGAAUUGACACUGGACCUGUCUCAAAAAAACAGUCACUGUCUUAGGUGUCACUGUCUAUUGCUGUGACAAAACACCAUGACUAAAAAGCAAGCUGGGGAGGAGAGGGUUUAUUGACUAGCUUACACUUCCACACUGCUGUUCAUCAUUAAAGAAAGUCAGGACAGGAGCUCAAGCAGGGCUGGAACCUGGAGGCAGGAGCUGAUGCAGAGGUCAUGGAGGGCGCUGCCCACAGACUUGCUCCUCGCCCCCCUAACCCCCCCCCCCCCCCGUUUGCUCAGCCUUCCUUUUUAUUGAACCCAGCCCAGGAUGGCACCACCCACAAAUGGGCUGAGCCCUCCCUGCCCUCCCACACUGAUCACUGAUUAAGAAAGUGCCUUACAGUUAGAUCUCAUGGAGGAGGCAGCCCAUCAACUUAGGCUCUUCCUCUCUGCUGCCUCUAGCUUGUGUUAAACUGACCCACAAAAUCAGCCAGUACAAUGCACCCCCUCCCCCCCCAACAAAACCAAGCAAAAAACCAGGUUCUGAUUUAAUAGGCAUAAAGACCAGCUGCGAGCCAAGGCCUGCGUUUACAACAGCCUGGCUAUCCUAGUGCCUGCCACUGCCCCUGGCCCUCCUGAGUAGCAAGGCUUUGGCAGCAAAGGCCUGUUGGAGUAUUUUGAGUUGUGAUAACUUUAUGAUGCGCCCUCAUUCCUUACUAAUGUAUUCGUGUGUUGACUCACACAUUGUGAUUUUUCCCUCCUAUUUUGACGUAUCAGAUGUGUUGUUUAUAGUGCUGUACAGUACGGACCCGUAUCAGCAUGGAUGUGCUGGUUAGCAUUUACUGAUGACAGAGGUCGACGCACCUUCUCAGUGCUGGCAGAUCGCCACUGUCCUUACCAGUCUCACAACAGCCCAGAAACAGGAUUUCUUUUCAUACGUUUUAUUGAAGAUUUGUUUUAUGUUCUGUAUAUGAGGUGUUUUAAAAAGAUUUACUGGUUGUUAUGUGUAUGGGUCUUUUCACUGUGUGUAAGUGUGGUGAAUGCAUAGAUGCCUAUGGAGGCCAGAGGCAGAUGUUAGGUGCCUGGAAAUGAGUCACAGACCACUGUGCACUGCUGUGUGAGUGCUGGGGCCCAGACUGGGUGGAUCUGCCAGAGCGGCCCACCCGCCUGCCCAGAGGGCAGCGAAGUAAACGCUCACCUCACAGAAUUGUCAGGUGUCCUCUCAAUUAGAGUCUUGUUUCCUGUGGCUUUCUUGGAGGUUCUGAUAAUUUGUGUUUUUUUUUAAACCAGAUUUUUAAUUAGUUUUCACUUUGUGUAUAUUUGGAAAAACAUCUCAACUUUUUAAGAUGAUGAGAAGUGGAUAGUACAUUGCCCUAGACGAAAGAUGGAAAUAUUUUAAGACUGUCACCCUCCUCCUCAUCAUCAUCACUGUCACCAAAGAGUAUUAUUUUUUGUCACGAGAAUAAAAGCUUGCUUUGCCCUUCAGUAGUCUUUCAGGCUUGUGCUCCGCUGCCUGUAUUUCCGAUCGGGACUUUUGUUUGCCUCUUGAAUAAAUUUUCCUUGCUACUUUGCCCAAAAAAAAGCACAUGUAUCCAAGUGGUGCCCAGACAUAAAUGCAGGCGAAAUACCCAUAACACACAAGUAAAUAAAUAGAUGCAUUCUAAGCAGACUUUAUAGAUCGUUACAGAGGUGAUUUUAUAGAUUGUUAGAGAGGACUGGUUGUCUUGUAUGUUUUUAAAUUUUUAAGUUUUUCCCCCUUUAUCUAAAUGGUACUUGUAACCUACUAACUGAUUUGGAGCCAUACUCGGUUUACAUUGGAGUUCUUCCAAACCACCAUGUAUCUUGUCAAGAAGCCAAUAUCCUCUCUAUCCAGCUUCUCCUAGCGGCAGUUACAGGUGCAAUGUGCAGUAUGUCAGCUGCACCAUCUCUGGCUAAAGAGACUAGAAGACAGGGAAGAAGAGCGUGUGUAUCGUCCCCGACCUCCUUUCCCUUUUCGGUUGGCCUCACUGUGUAUCCUGGAGGCGCCCCACAGGAAGCAGCUAAAGAUCAGACACGCGCCACUGGGCCAGCAAGGGCACUUUCCAUCAAUAUUAUGGAGCUGACUUUACAAAAAUAUGGAAGUUAUGAAAAAUUUGAACAAGCUACUGGUGGUAGCUUGUUGUCUAAAACUCGAAUCUGGAGUCAUGUUAGAAAGUACAUGGUGAAGGAAGGCUGCCUGGGAGAGAUUGUAGUUCAUCUCACCGAAGACCUGCUUUCCAGGGCAUCCAUGACGGUAGUAAACGGAUGCCCGACUCUAACCAUCAAUAUUUCUACUGCACGAGAGCACUGGCUGGAGGGCAUGCUGAGGCACGAGAUAGGCACACAUUAUUUUCGGGGUAUUAACAACCUUCAGCAACCGUGGAACAGUUGGAUUGGCCGAAAAAAACAUGAGCUAAAGCCCAACAACCCAACGGAGGAAGGGCUGGCAAGCAUCCACAGUGUCCUGUUCAGAAAAGACCCCUUCCUGUGGAGGGCCGCUCUCCUGUACUACACGGUGUAUAAAGCCAGCCACAUGUCCUUCUGUGAACUCUUCAAAGACAUUGGCAAGUUUGUCAAGGACCCUAAUACAAGAUGGGACUAUUGUGUAAGAGCCAAGAGAGGGUGGACUGACACUUCUGAGCCCGGGUGUUUCAGUAAGGACCAGGUCUACUUGGAUGGAGUCCUUCAAAUCCUGCGAUUCAGAGAGUCCAUAGACUUCCAUCUGCUGACUGCCCUGGGCAAGGUAUCUUACGAAGAUGUGGAUCGCUUAAAAGAAUUGGCAGUUACUGAAAACAUGCGAGUCCCACAUUUCCUUCAUGAUCACAGCCGGUACAUGGAGCACUUAGAGAGGAUCAUGGAGGUGAACGAGCUGACAGACGCUGAGCUGAAAAACCUCAUCUAAGCAGCAGAGCCGGCUCUUCAUGGCUGUUAGCAGCUAGGGCACCCAGCACCUGCAGAACUAGAGGAGAGCAGCUGACCUUCGCUUGUUGAAGACCAGCUCUCAGGAUCCAGCUGAAAUUCUAGGUUCCAUGUAGACCUGAAACUAUUUUCCUAGAACAUUUCUAUAGACUUCGGGUGGAAGUCACUUGUCUUUUCAUUCAGAUCUCUCCAGAGACAAAUGAAGACUUCGCUGCUGGUGACACCACGAUGAGCUGUGAACUUGGGCACCAAGGCCAGCUCUGGAUUGGAGGUGGCCAGUCUAAUGCUCUGCAGUAUAAACCCCAAGGUUCUAUUUCCUCUCCUAAACAGAGAGAGUUGUUCUUUGAAAUAGCCAUUUUGUACACCAGAGAAGGCUAGCAAUAUCUAAGCUCUUAUUUUUCUUAUGUUAAGUAAUAUUAAAAGGAGAUUGAAAACUU